CCCAGAGGAUUCACUAUCGCUUCUAUGGCUGCCUCACAACCUUCACAGACUGUUGCAUCGCACGUUCCUUUUGCAGAUUUAUGUUCAACUUUAGAACGAAUACAGAAAAGUAAAGGACGUGCGGAAAAAAUCAGACACUUCAAGGAAUUUUUAGAUUCUUGGAGAAAAUUUCAUGAUGCCCUUCAUAAAAACCAAAAAGAUGUCACAGACUCCUUUUAUCCAGCAAUGAGACUUAUUCUUCCUCAACUAGAAAGAGAGAGAAUGGCCUACGGAAUCAAAGAAACUAUGCUUGCUAAGCUUUAUAUUGAAUUGCUUAAUUUACCUAGAGAAGGAAAAGAUGCCCUUAAACUUUUAAAUUACAGAACACCUACUGGAACUCGUGGAGAUGCCGGAGACUUUGCAAUGAUUGCAUACUUUGUGUUGAAACCAAGAUGUUUACAGAAAGGAAGUUUAACCAUACAGCAAGUAAAUGACAUUUUAGACUCAAUCGCCAGCAAUAAUUCUGCCAAAAGAAAGGACCUAAUAAAGAAGAGUCUUCUUCAGCUUAUAGCUCAGAGUUCAGCACUUGAACAAAAGUGGCUUAUACGGAUGAUCAUAAAGGACUUAAAGCUUGGUGUUAGUCAACAAACUGUAUUUUCUGUUUUUCAUAAUGAUGCUGUUGAGUUGCAUAAUGUCACCACAGAUCUGGAAAAAGUUUGUAGGCAACUGCAUGAUCCUUCGAUAGGACUCAGUGAUAUUUCUAUCACUUUAUUCUCUGCCUUUAAACCAAUGUUAGCUGCUAUUGCAGAUAUUGAGCGAAUUGAGAAGGACAUGAAACACCAGAGUUUCUACAUUGAAACCAAGCUAGAUGGUGAGCGUAUGCAAAUGCACAAACGUGGGAAUGUGUAUCAGUACUUCUCCCGAAAUGGAUAUGACUAUACAGAUCAGUUUGGUGAUUCUCCACAGGCAGGUUCUCUUACACCAUUCAUUCAUAAUGCAUUCAAACCAGAUAUAGAAAUCUGUAUUCUUGACGGUGAGAUGAUGGCCUACAACCCUACUACACAAACAUUUAUGCAAAAGGGGAACAAGUUUGAUAUUAAAAGGAUGGUAGAAGAUUCUGAUCUGCAGACUUGUUAUUGUGUUUUUGAUGUAUUGAUGGUUAAUAAUAAAAAGCUAGGACGUGAGACCCUGAGACAGAGGUAUGAAAUUCUUAGUAGUAUUUUUACACCAAUACCAGGUAGAAUAGAAAUGGUGCAAAAAACACAAGCUCAUACUAAGAAAGAAGUAGUUGAUGCUUUGAAUGAAGCAAUAGAUAAAAGAGAAGAGGGAAUCAUGGUAAAACAUCCUCUGUCCAUUUACAAGCCAGACAAAAGAGGUGAGGGAUGGUUGAAAAUUAAACCAGAGUAUGUAAAUGGACUGAUGGAUGAACUGGACAUCUUAAUUGUCGGAGGCUAUUGGGGUAAAGGUUCACGGGGUGGAAUGAUGUCUCAUUUUUUGUGUGCUGUAGCAGAGAAACCCUCUUCUGGUGAAAAACCAUCAGUGUUUCAUACUCUCUGUCGUGUUGGCUCAGGUUACACCAUGAAAGAACUGUAUGAUCUGGGUUUGAAAUUGGCUAAACACUGGAAGCCUUUUCAUAAAAAAGCUCCACCAAGUAGCAUUUUAUGUGGAAUAGAGAAGCCAGAAGUGUACAUCGAGCCUUGUAAUUCUGUCAUUGUUCAGGUUAAGGCGACAGAGAUUGUCUCCAGUGAUAUGUAUAAAACUGGCUGCACGUUGCGUUUUCCACGAAUUGAAAAGAUAAGAGAAGACAAAGAGUGGUAUGAAUGUACGACUCUGGAUGACUUAGAACAGCUUCGAGGGAAGGCAUCUGGGAAGCUUGCAUCUAAACACCUUUAUGUAGGUGGUGAUGAUGAACCACAAGAGAAGAAGCGGAAAGCUGCCCCAAAGAUUAAGAAGGUUAUUGGAAUUAUCGAGCACUUAAAAGCACCUAACCUUUCUAACAUAAAUAAAGUUUCUAAUAUAUUUGAAGAUGUGGAGUUUUGUGUUAUGAGUGGAAUAGACAGCCAUCCAAAGCCUGAUCUGGAGAACAGAAUUGCAGAAUUUGGUGGUUAUAUAGUACAAAAUCCAGGCCCAGACACGUACUGUGUGAUUGCAGGUUCUGAGAACAUCAGAGUGAAAAACAUAAUUUCUUCAGAUAAACAUGAUGUUGUCAAGCCUGAGUGGCUGUUAGAGUGUUUUAAGACCAAAAGCUGUGUGCCCUGGCAGCCUCGCUUUAUGAUUCAUAUGUGCCCAUCAACAAAACAACAUUUUGCCCGUGAAUAUGAUUGCUAUGGUGAUAGUUAUUUUGUUGAUACAGAUUUGAACCAACUAAAGGAAGUGUUCUCAGGAAUUAAAAAUUCUAUUGAACAGACUCCUAAAGAAAUGGCUUCUGUGAUUGCUGAUUUAGAACAUCGAUAUUCCUGGGACUGCUCUCCUCUCAGUAUGUUUCGACACCACACCAUUUAUUUGGACUUGUAUGCUGUUAUUAAUGACUUGAGUACCAAAAUCAAGGGAACAAGAUUAGCUAUUACAGCCUUGGAACUUCGAUUUCGUGGAGCAAAAGUAGUUUCUCAUUUAGCUGAGGGAGUGUCUCAUGUAAUCAUUGGGGAGGAUCAUAGUCGUGUUGCAGCUUUAAAAGCUUUUCGAAGAACCCUUAGGAGAAAGUUUAAAAUCCUGCAAGAAGGCUGGGUAACUGAUUCAAUAGACAAGUGUGAGUUACAGGAGGAAAACAAAUAUUUGGUUUAAAGCUAGCUUUUCUAGUGAGGAGAGCCUCUGAUCUGGCCCACUAGUUGCAACAGGUUGUAAUGAGAAA